CUUCAUCUUAAACGUUAAACGGACAUCGAAGACAGCUGUUCUCGCUUGCUCGCUACUUUGUCGUUCACUGCACUUGCCUGCGACAUAUCUCGGCGUCUACAUCUCGGUCUCGGUGGGCAAGCCUCGGCCAGUCACGGCCCACAUUCCGCCCCGCCGAAACAUCAACAACUUUGCAACCUUGUUCCUCCUCGACUAUCCACAGCCCACUCGUGGCCCCCAUGACAGUCGUUAAGCGGCCAUUGCCAGCUGGAAAGCGCACAAGCAGCAAGCAAUCAUGCGUGACAAGCCCUCCUCGGCGCAAGGCGUCGCUUCCGAGCUCUGGAACACAUAACGGCCCCACCUCCCGACCCCUUCUCACUCUGGACCACACCGCGUUCCCACACAUCAUGGACGGGAUCCUUACGCACGCGACGCACGGCACGCUCCUCUCCCUCCGUGCCGCAUCGCGCGCCUGGCGCGCCCGUGUCGACGCGGUCCUGCACAAGCACGUCUCGAUCGCGACGGACCACAUCCCGCGCGCCGGUUCCUCCGGCUCCGGCUCCGGCACGCUGCCGCUGCACGCAGCCUACGCCGCGCCCGUCGACACGCUCGACCUCCUCAACCUCACCCCGCCGGGCUUUACGCCUCCGACGUCCCCUUCCAUCCCCUUCUCGCGACGGCCGGUGCGUUCUCUCCCCUUCCCACCCCUCCCGCCCUCGGUCAACACGCUGCGCAUCAUCGGUGACCUGGACUGGGCGCGCAUCGGCCCCCGCCUCCCGUCGUGCGCCACGCUCGUCGUCCUCGCCCCGCUCCCGCUCAUCGAGCCCUCGAUCUACACCCCGCGCUUGAGCACGCCGCGCGGGCUGGCGGACUCGGCCGCGUGCGCGGCCUAUCUCGCGCGCUGCCCGCGCCUCGUCCUCCCCCUCUCGGCCCUGCGCGGCGCCAGCGUCUACAUGCUCGCAGACGUGCUGCGUGCGCGCAAAGUCGUCCUCCUCGCCGACGACGGCGAGUGGCGCGACGCCCUCGCUGCCCUCUGCUGUCUCCUCGGCGCGGUGCUGCUCAACCGCGCGACCGACACGCGCUUCACCCUCGUCAACGUGCUCGAGGCCGGCACGGCGUGGCGCCGCACAGCGACGCUGGUGCCACAAGGAGAUGCUGUGGACGUGCCCUCGGACGUGUGUUGGGACGAAGAGGGGUUCUGGGCCGACGGAAUGGGGCUCUUCCGCCUCGCGGGGCACGAGUUUGCGCACUCGGACGCAGAGGUGCGCGCGCGCAUGGAGAAGAGCGUCGAGUUCCUCAGCUCGCACGAGUACGAGGCGCGGGUCGGGGACGAGGUGCGCGUGGUGCUGUAGCUUGUAGUUGUAUAAUGAUAUGGG